AGCUAGCUAUAUAUAGAGAGCACCUUCUCCUUAUGCCAUAUGCAAAAAUGUCUCCUCCCCUAAUGGAAUUAAGUGCUUCCACUCUAGUACUUUACCCUGCAUCACAGCCACCACAAGAGCCUAAAAAUGAGAACAAUGGGGGCAUAGUUUUUGACUCAAAAAAUUUGCAGCAAAUGCAAGGGGAAAUGCCCAAAGAGUUCCUUUGGCCUUCUAGGGACUUGGUUGACACCACCCAAGAGGAGCUAAAGGAACCCCUUGUGGACCUAGCAAUCUUUAAGAAUGGUGACGAGAAAGCUAUUUCCAAUGCAGCAGAGCUUGUGAGAAAAGCAUGCUUGAAGCAUGGGUUUUUCCAAGUGAUAAACCAUGGUGUGGACCCAGAUCUCAUUGAUGCUGCAUAUCAUGAAAUUGACUCCAUUUUUAAGCUCCCAUUGAGCAAAAAGAUGGGUGCUAAGAGAAAACCUGGUGGUGUCUCAGGGUACUCUGGUGCUCAUGCAGAUCGUUAUUCGUCCAAGUUGCCAUGGAAAGAGACGUUUUCUUUCCUCUAUGAUCACCAAAGCUUCUCCAACUCCCAGAUUGUUGACUACUUCAAGUCUGUGUUAGGGGAGGAUCUUCAACACACAGGGAGGGUAUAUCAAAAGUACUGCGAGGCAAUGAAGGAUUUAUCUUUAGUAAUUAUGGAGCUAUUGGGUAUUAGUUUGGGUGUGGAUCGUGAGCAUUAUCGAAGAUUUUUUCAAGAUGGUGACUCAAUAAUGAGGUGCAACUAUUAUCCACCUUGCAACAGAGCGAACCUCACCUUAGGCACUGGCCCUCACACUGAUCCAACCUCACUAACCAUUCUUCAUCAAGACCAAGUUGGAGGUUUAGAAGUUUUUGUAGAUAACAAAUGGCUCGCUGUUCGCCCUCGAUCUGAAGCCUUAGUCAUAAACAUAGGUGAUACUUUCAUGGCAUUGUCAAAUGGGAGAUACAAGAGUUGUCUACACAGGGCAUUGGUGAACACAUACAGGGAGAGAAGGUCCCUUGUUUAUUUUGUGUGUCCAAGAGAAGACAAAAUAGUGAGGCCCCCAGACAAUUUGUUAUGCAGAAAUGAGGAAAGGAAGUACCCUGAUUUCACAUGGUCCAAUUUGUUUGAAUUCACACAGAAGCACUAUAGGGCUGAUGUUGCUACCCUCCAAAGCUUCAUUGAGUGGCAGCAAUGCUCUAAUUCCAACCCUUCCAACUUCUAGUUUACUUUAUUUACCCUUUGGCUGCUUAUUAUUAUUGCUUUUGCCUGUGCCUGGCUGCCUAAUGUCACCACUACUACUACUCCCUUUGGCUAAUCAUUAUUCAUUUUCCUUUUCUUUUGAAAUACCCUGUACGGAGUUUGAGUACAGCUCAUCCUGCACUUACAAACCACAUAGUGAUAUCAUGUACGGUCGUAUUUGAAUCAAGUUCCAUUUUCUGUUAUCUGUCAAUAUCAAUAUUAUGUGUAAUGUGUGUUUUGUUUUCACCCGGGGCCAGACCAGAAAAAAAAUGGUUUAAUAUGAUUGAAUUACUUAAGUGUUAUAAGGUGAUGUAAUUCCCAUGAAUGUAAUAUUAUCAGGCAUAUUACCAGACAUGGUAUUCCAAGAAAUGUAAUUUUCAUGAAUGUAAUAUUAAACCUUGAAACAAA